AUGGCUACUUUUAAACCUAUAGUUAUCUUUGUUCUAGGAGGACCUGGAGCUGGAAAGGGGACACAAUGUGCCAAUAUUGUCAAGGAAUUUGGUUACGUUCAUUUGUCUGCUGGUGACUUGUUGAGGGAGGCUAGAGCUAGUGGGUCCCCUGAUGGGCAGCUAAUAGAAUCGUAUAUAAAGGAGGGGAAAAUAGUGCCUGUCGAGAUCACUAUUGCUCUGUUGAGAAAGGCAAUGGAGAAUAGUGGGAAAGACAAGUUUUUAAUUGAUGGUUUUCCACGGAAUAAAGAUAAUCUUGAAGGCUGGGAGAGAGAGAUGGGUGACAAGUCAAUUGUUAAAUUUGUUCUCUUUUUUGAUUGCCCCGAGGAGACAUGUAUGGAGCGAGCUUUGAAGCGAGGAGCAUCCAGUGGGAGAACUGACGAUAAUAUAGAAUCAUUUAGGAAAAGAUAUCAGACAUAUUUGACAAAUACAGUAGGAAUUAUUGACUAUUACAAAGCCAAGGGUCUUGUAAGGACUAUUUCAUCCAUACCGGGUCCAGAACAGGUAUUUAAUGAAGUAAAGAAAUUGUUCAAUGAUUCAUAA